AUGACAUUGGUGUUGAGCUGGCUGGCUAGUUGGCUGAAUGGCCGCCUGGCAGACGGUCAUACGGAAGCUAAUGUACAGUUGAUAGUGCCGCGCUAUGUUGAACGUGGUACCAGUGCGACACUGGAGUGCCUACAUGAUGUGGAUCCCAGCGUACUGUUUAAGGUUUCCUGGUUUAGGGAAGAAAUGAAAUUCUUUGAAUACGUGAGUGGACGCAAGCCGCCGUUUAAAAAUUUCACCUUGGAAGGAGCAACGAUUGAUCGUGAAAAUUCAAAUGCUUCCCAAGUGACGCUGGCCAAUGUCGAUUUCAAAUUGUCCGGGCAAUUUCAUUGUGAAGUAUCGAUGACAUCACCGCUGUAUACCAAAGCAUCUGGCGAGCAUUUAAUGAGUGUUUUUUUACCCCAAACUGGUAAUCCGGUAAUUAGGUUUCGCAAACGUAGCCCAGUGGCUGUUGGUGAACGUCUAAUGGUCCUUUGCAAUACAACACGAGCUCGUCCACCACCACACAUUACGUGGCUCAUUAAUAAUCAAAAGGUUGAUGAUAAAUAUAUACGUACUCAUCAUGUCUAUUCGAUCAGUGGUAAAACUCAUCGUAGACCACCACCCGAACAAGAUUUCGAUAUUCUUCAGGCUAAACAAAAGAAACAGCAGCAACAACAACAUCGUCAUCACAUCCGUGGCAUAUCCAUUUACAACAAUCCCUUCAGUCCUCUGGUCGUAAUGCAUGACAUCGAUCUCGACGAUUACGAGAUUCAACAGCAGCAUCACACGAACAGCCACUAUGACAAUAAACAUCACAUCGAAGUGAUGAAAAAACAUUUUGACGGCAAAAAACACAGGUGAG